GGGGGCCGCGACGUGCGGAGCCGACCGGGCUGGGCGGCGGGGCGCGGGCCGGGCCGCGCCGGCCGCCAUGGGCAACCUGUUCGGCCGUAAGAAGCAGCAGAGCCGGGUCACGGAGCAGGACAAGGCCAUCCUGCAACUGAAGCAGCAGCGGGAUAAGCUGAAGCAGUACCAGAAGAGGAUCACCCAGCAGCUGGAGCGGGAGCGGGAGAUUGCCCGGCAGCUCCUGCGCGACGGCAGGAAGGAACGGGCCAAGCUGCUGCUCAAGAAGAAGCGAUACCGGGAGCAGCUCCUGGACAAAACAGAAAACCAGAUCACCAGCCUGGAGACCAUGGUCCAGAGUAUUGAGUUCACCCAGAUUGAAAUGAAGGUGAUCGAGGGGCUGCAGUUUGGAAAUGAGUGUCUGAAUAAGAUGCACCAGGUGAUGUCCAUAGAAGAGGUGGAGCGGAUACUGGACGAGACGCAGGAGGCUGUGGAGUACCAGCGGCAAAUAGAUGAGCUGUUGGCAGGAAGCUUCACUCAGGAGGACGAAGAUGCCAUCCUGGAGGAGCUGGACGCAAUCACUCAGGAACAGAUAGAGCUGCCAGAGGUUCCUUCAGAACCCCUUCCUGAAAAGAUCCCAGAGAAAGUCCCCGUCAAGGCCAGGCCCCGACAGGCGGAAGUGGUGGCAGCCUCGUAACUUGUGUGGGACUCACGGGGAUUCCAGAGGACUGGGGCCCACAGAGUUUGGGUGCGUGUCCGGCCCUGGCCGGGCUCCCAGGAGGCUGGCGCCGGGCCAGGUGGGCCGGGAGCUGACGGAGCAGCACAGCACACACAGGGCUCCUGAUCAGGAUGACUACGGAGCGUUUCCCUGGCGCUGCUGUCUUGCUCUCGUUUCUGGAUUAAAUGGCAACAUUCAAACUCUCCGGCCAGACGCAGCUUCUGCAGCUGUGGUUCCCCUGGGCCACGGCCAGGCCCAACGCUCCUGGUGCUGGUCACACCUCCCGUCCCGGGUCGCGCGGCUCCACGGGCCAGUGUCUCCGCCACCCUGUCUUCUGUGGAAGGCACAUCAGACCUGGCCUCCCCACCCUUCCCUUUCCCUUCUUCCUGCUGCUCCCAUUAGCUGGCAGGGCUUUGGUUAAGGGGGCCCUCCCUUGGCCUGGCUCCCGGACGUGCCCAGUUUCCAUGUAGACUUGGGGGUGGUAACCUCUCUGCUUCCACGUCGGCGUUUGUGGGUGGUGGACCAGGAGGGGUGCGUCCCUGCUGGAUUUUGAUGACUCUAGGAGGUCUGCCCACCCCAUCACUCCUGGGGCCGUACAGAGGCCCAGUCCUGCUGACGGACAUUCCAGGAUAGCCGGCCGGUGUGGCUGCGGGUCCCCGAGCUGCCAGCUUCGAGCUGUUAGCAGCCAAGUGGAGACUGGGAAGGAUGGAAGUGACUUCCCUAGUUCACGGUUCGUUUUGGAAUUAGACAAUCUCCCUGAGAUUUCACUCCCAACAGGAAGACAAAGGGGACCCUCUUAGCCCCCCAGACAAGCCAGCCCCCUAUUAAAGUUGACACCCACACAGCCUGCUGCCUUGUGGACUGGGGGCCGUGGAAGGGCGGGUUGGUGUGGUUCCUCCCUCAGGUCCCUGGAACACAGUCCCCUGACCCUCCCGGGGCACUUGGCACCUGGCUGGUCAGUGCCACACGGGCUGGGGCCUCAGGAGCCAGUGAGGUUCUAGCCCUGCCCGGCUGUGGGUGGAAGGCAGUCACCUGUGGGCACCUGCCUGCAGCAAGGUGCAGGGCGGUACUCUGGCCCCACCUCCCUUAGAAGGGUGCUGGUGGUUUCUCAUUUUUCAAGGGGUUUUGUGUGACUCCCGUGGCUGGUGGCUGGGAGGGCGUGCAGUUUGGUGCCUCUGGGGUGUGGGGGUCUGGUUUGGAGUCCUGAUGUCUAGGUAGGAAGCCAGAUGCCCCAGGGAGCGAGCAGGCAACAGCAAGGACAGACAAGUGGAUGUCCCACCUGAGGGGGGGCCUCCACACCCUCCACCCAGAGGGUAUGGUGGGCUGUGGCCAAGUUGCCAGGUCUGGAGUUCUUCAAGAGGAGCUAGAAACCCAGGCUUUCAGCGGACAGUCUUGCUUUGUGUGAAAGCACCCUUACCAGGUGCAUGCGCACCUCAGCCAGGAGGGGGCUCUGUGCCAGCUGAUUUGGGGGAUUUUGCCAGAAGCCGACCUUUCCAGCGCCACUCUGGCUGCUGGGCCCCACCCCAGUCCUAGGGGCAGUUCUGAUUGAGGAGGGGAAGGAGGUCCUGCCUCUCCUGCCUGUGAGUGACCCGUCCCUCUGCAGCAGUGGGUCCCAGGCCGGGGGAGGGAGGGGCAGCCUCUCCGGACCCCACAAGCAGGGUGGACACCUCCCCUUUCCCUCUGCCUCCCAGGACCCAGAGCUUGGGGCGGCCUGGGAAGCUGCCCAUGGCAGUGCCCUGCCUCGUCUCUUAAACAGUUUCACCACUGGGAGCUGUGUGGUGGGCUGUGGGGCACCAACCCCCGGCCCUGGUGAGCGCUUGGAGAACCUGCCCAUGGGUGUGUGUGGCCCAGCUCCCUGGGAUACACCCGUUCCCAGGACCGGAAGGUCAUGACCAGCCUCCUCCUGACCUGGGCAAGGGGUACCCUCGUGUGGAACAACCCAAGAGUUGGGGAGGGGACCCUCAUCCUCUCACCGUCAACAAGUGAGAUUUCACGUACCAACCAACAUGCCUUUUUCUUUGUAAAAGUUCAUUCCUGGACCUAGGGAGGCCGUACUCUGAAACCCAGCUGACCUAGAGCUGACUCCUAGGCUCCGGCCUUGGAGGUCACCUGGCUCAUAGGCCCCCUGUGUGUGUGUUGGGGCAGGGGGAGCCCAUGCAGCCAGGAUGAGACUCACAUCUUCCUGCCCAGCGCUGAGCCCCGGUCUUAAAAUACCAGCUGUGUGAGCCUGACCUGACCUCCUAAUCUGGGGGGCAUAGAACUCAUGACGAUCACAAACCAGUCACAGUUAAGUACAAAAUCUGGGAGCAGAGCUGGCAUCCUGCCCAAGAUCAGUGGGGGCCUGGUGGGGGGCUUGGAGGAAAAGGAGAGGCCGCAGUGAGCCACCUGCAGAGGGCCUGGUAGCAGCUGUGCCUGGUGGGUGAGAGAGGUGUAAGGGGGAGCCAUGGGGGCCUUCUGACCACAGAGAGGACUUCCUGGGAAGCUGGAAGCCAGGCAAGCCUGGCAUCCAGAAGGGAUAGACCGGGACAGUAGAGAAAAGGACCCAGGGACCAGGACCGUUUGGCUGGAGGCACAUUUGUGGUACAAGCAGCGUGGAAAGUAGAGAAGCAGGGGAUGGGGAGUUGGGGGAAGAGGGCACCCAGGAUUGGGUGGGGGUACUACUGGGACAGGGUAGGGGAGACAGAAUGGGAGGUGCCCAGACAGGGUGGGGGCCGUGUCCUGGUUGCAUUGUGUGCCCUGCCCUGGGGAGGUGUUUGCCCUCCCCCCUACCCACUGCUGCCCCAUGGGGUCUCCCGGUGACCCCCACCUGCCCAUGGGGAGAACCUGGUGAUGUCAAGUGGGGCAUUGUCAUGACAACACGGGAGCUUUGCCUUCCCAGGAGAGGCCCAGAGCCAGGUCACUGGCCACAUCACCAAACUCAGCAGGAGACCCCACCACCCCUUCCAUCUCCGCAGGUGCUCGGCCACUGGGGUGGGGGCAGCAGGUCAGCAGGUGGAGCUGGCCUCAUGGCCCCAGUCAGAGCCUUGACUGCGUGAGCCAAGACACCCAGCCUGGGGCCUCCCCAGUGGACACCUGCACCCCUUGGCCAGGACAGCUGCCACCUUGGCAUGUGCUCCACCCUUUCAACGAUCCCUAGCAUCCUUGCGGCCCUGUGUCUGGGGAUCUCAGUGAGAAAAUGGGAAACUCCAGAUGUUUCUUCCUUAAGUCAUCUGCCCCCUCUCCGCCCAGCUUUCCUGAGUGACCCUGCACACAACCCCAUCUCAUCCCUGGUGCCCCGCCCUCCCCAAGGACCAGGUCUCAGGCUGGGGGCUGUGGCGUCCUCCAGGGCUGCUCUCGCUACUUGUGAUCUUGUUCCUGAGGAGUCUGAGGACUGGUCUUGGAAGGAAGGAAGGUGUGUUCUUUCCUGAGGCAGGCACGGGCUAGUGUAGGGAAGGCAUUUAAGGGUCAUGAGCGACACUGGCCUCUGAUCUAGCUUAUGGAGUAAGUAAACCUUCCUUAAGAAGCAGAAGUUCAGAAACGAACUCAAAAGAGUAAGAGCACAGGGAAUGAGGACCGUGGAAGCUGAACUGUGGAUGCAAGGUGCUUGGCGGCGCUCUGACACCCGAAGAGUGAUCUUCACUUCGUUUUUGUGGGUUUUUUGGUAAAAGCUUCAUUGAUUGUGCAGUUCAGUCAUUUUUAUUAUGUUCUCAGAGUUGUGCAACCGUCACCACAAUCAAUUUUAGAACAGUCCCAUCAUCCCUAAGGAAACCCUGUACCCUCUCGCUAGUGCCCUCAUGUCCCCUCCCCACAGUCCCUGGCAGCCACUAGUCUGCUUUCUGUCUCUAUGGAUUUGCCCAUUCUGGACAUUCAUACACAUGGAGUCACACAAUGAAUGACCUUUAGUGUCUGGCCUCUUUUACUUAGUGUGAUGUUUUUGAGGUUUACCCAUGUUGGAGUGUGUGUCAGUACUUCAUUCCUUUUUAUGGUUGAAUAAUGUUCCAUUCUGUAGAUGGACCACAUUUUAUCUGUUCAUCACCUGAUGGACGUUUGCGUUUUUUCCACUUAUUCACUUUUAUGAAUAAUGCUUCUUUCUGUACACGUUUUUGUGUAGACAAGUUUUCAUUUCUCUUGGGUAUAAACCCAGAGUGAGUUCCACUCUGGGUCAUGCAGUGACUCUUAACGUUUGGCCAUUGGAGGAAGUGCUGCAUGUUUUCCUCAAUGGCUGCACCAUCUUUCAUCCCCAGAAGCAGGUGUGAGGGCUCCACUUUGUCCACAGCCUGCCCAGCACUAGCUAUUUCAUAUGUUUUUCAUUAUAGCCAUCCUAGUAGGAGUUAUCUCAUUGUGGUUUUGAUUUGCAUUUUCCUCAUGACUAAUGAUGUUGAGCAUCUUUUCUUAUGCUUAGUGGCCAUUUGUACAUCUUGGGAGAAAUGUCUGUUUAGAUCUUUUACUCAUUUUAAUUGGGUUGUUUUUUAUUAUUGAGUUGCAAGUCUUCUUUAUAAAUCCUUGAUAUUAGACUCUGAUCAGAUAUAAGAUUUGCAAAAAUUUUCUCCCAUUCUGUGGGUUGGUCCUUUCACAUUUUUAAUAAUUUCCUUUGAAACACAAGUGUUCUUUAAUUUUGAUGAAGUCCAGUUUAUUUUUUCUUUUGUUGCUUGUGCUUUUGGUGUCAUAUCUAAGAUACCAUUACCUAAUCCAAGGUCAUGAAGAUUUAUUUCUAUGGGGCUUUUUUAAGAGUUUUAUAGUUUAGCGCUUACAUUUAGGUCUUUCAUCCAUUUCGAGUUAAUUUUUCUAUAUGAUGUUAGGUUGGUGGUCCAAUUCAUUGUUAUGCACGUGGAUUUUUUUUUUAAGAGUUGGUUUCUUUUUUUUUUUUUAGAGUUGGUUUCUUUUUUUUUAAUAAAUUUAUUUUGCAUUUAUUUAUUUUUGGCUGCGUUGAGUCUUCGUUGCUGUGCGUGGGCUUUCUCUAGUUGCUGCGAGCGGGGGCUAGUCUUCAUUGCAGCACCCGUGCUUCUCAUCACGGUGGCUUCUCUCGUUGCGGAGCACGGGCUCUAGGUGCACAGGCUUCAGUAGUUGUGGCACACGGGCUCAGUAGUUGUGGCUCACAGGCUCUAGAGCGCAGGCUCAGUAGUUGUGGCGCAUGGGCUUAGUUGCUCCACGGCUAGAGUUGGUUUCUGUUUAUUCGGGAAUAACUGUGGUCAACUUUCAUUAAUGUGGAAGCUUACUGAUUAAUUCUUUUCCAAUCAUUCUAGUACCAUUUGAAAAGACAGUUAUUUCCCCCAUUGAAUCCUUGGCACCUUUGUCAAAUAUCAGUUGACCAAAUGUGAGAGUUUAUUUGCAGACUCUCAAUCCUAUCCCAUUUAUAUGUCUAUCCUUAUAUCCUUAUUGUAGCUUUGUAGUAAGUUUUGAAAUCAGGAAGUGUGAAUCCUCUAACUUUGUUCUUUUUCACGGUUGUGUUUGCUAUUCUGGGUCUCUUGAAUUUCCAUAUGAAUUUUAGGAUCAGCUUGUUAAUUUCUGGAACGAAGCCAGGUGAGAUUUUGAUGGGGAUUUUGUUGGAUCCAUAGAUGAAUUUGGGGAGUGCUGCCAUCAUAGCAAUAUUAAGUCUUAUGAUCCAUGAACACAAGUGUCUUUUCAUUUAUUCAUUAAUUCCUUUCAACAAUGUUUUAUAGUUUUCAGAGUGUAAGUUUUAUACUUCUUUUGUUAACUUUAUUAUUAAGUAUUUUCUUCUUUUUGAUGCUAUUGUAAAUGGAGUUUUUUUCUUAAUUUCAAUUUCAGAUUAUUCACUGCAAGUGUAUAAAAAUAAAAUUGAUUUUUGUAUGUUGAUCUUGUAUCUUUCAACCAUGCUGAACUUGUGUAUUAGUUCUAGUAGGUUUUUAGUGCAACCCUUAGGAUUUUCUAUAUGCAAGAUCAUAUCAUGUGCAAAUAGAGAUAGUUUUACUUUUUCCCAAACUGGAUGUCUUUUAGUUCAUUUCCUUGCCUAAUUUCCCUGGCGGAGACCUCCAGGGCAGGGUUGACUAGAAAUGGAUAUCUUCAUUUUAUAUGUUUCUAUUCCACUCCCACCCCUAAAAUACUAAAAACAGGAAGAACAAGUCCUUACAAGUUUUUGAACAAAAUCCAGCUCAUUUCUUUUUCCUUUCCCAUUCAUCCCUUCCUACCUUUCUCCUUUCUUCUACUUUUCUUUUUGAGCAGGGUGGGGUGGGGCUGACAGGCCAGGUCACGCCUGGCCCACCCGGUCUUCAAGCUGCACUUGUCAGUCUUUGAGAUGUUCCCGUGGAUUCCGUCGUGAAAUGUGAGCUUGAUAAUGGCAUCAUCGUGGGUGGGUUUGCUGCCAGGCGGGAACUGGCCAGUGGCUCUGCAGCAGCAGAGGGAGAAGAUCUCCCAUGCUGUGAUUCCAAGCUGAGAGGGGCAGCAAGAGGGUGAGUAACACUCAAGAUGAUGGCCCCAGUGGUAACCAAAGCCCCCAGACAAAUGUGUUAACAAAGGACGUGUUAAGUCCCAUAAAGGCCGCCAGUGUAUGGGUUUAUAGGUUAAAGCCUUGUUUGGUAGCGAUGUAUUUGAAGAAGGUCUGGGAAUUUUGCUUGCAAACUCUGCAGGUGAACUGUGGGUGCAGCUGCUAAAUCCUCGAUGGAACCUUAGGCUUCACCAAUAGAAUAUCCUCUUAGUGGGAUGCUGCAGUCCCCUCACCAGCUUACGUUUACAGUGCUGCCCCUGCGUCAGCAGUAAAAGGCUAGGUUCUGAAUGUUCUGCUUCAGCAAACAGUGCCAUGGAGAAGGGCAGAGACGGGUCUGACGUGUUUGCUGUGCUGUCCCAGCCUCCUGAGUGCUGAUGUGCUCAUAUAAUAGGUACCCCCACAGCUGUGUUCGAUUCACGAUGAUCGACAUUUCCAAAGUGCUCACUGGCUAAACAGGCAGAUUGCAGCCGUCUAAUUCCUCAGGCAGAACGUGUCAUUCCCCAGUGACGUCUGCAGAGCGAGAGAGGGUCUCAGUGUGUCUUUAUAUAUUGUUUUCCUCGUGUGUUUAAAAAACAAUACGUUCUUAAAUACAGUAUUGCCUUAGUACUGUAGUUUCCCCCUUGUAGUCUUGCUUACUCCACUUAUUUCUUACUCCACUUAUUUUUUAAUAAAUAAUAUAAAAAUAUACCCGUCUCAGUUUCUUUACAUUAGUUCCAAAUCAGUAGCAUUUAACCUAAGUUUAGCUGUAGAUUUAAAGAAGCCAUAAGAACACAUUCGUCUAUACAAGGGGAAGUGGGCAUUUCCUUAUCAAGGGUGAUAUCCCAGAGGAAACCCAUUUUCCCACAGACCGUUCGUCUGACCCACUGAGGCACAUCUCGUGCCUGUACUACCGACUGAACAGCCUCAUGUGGAGGAGGUGACCUGUGGCUUAUCCUGUGCAUCUGUUGCUUUGCCUACCCUCAGUGUACUGGCAUGAAGGGAAGUGAGGGGAAGCAAACACACUUUUUUUUUUAAUUGAUGUAUAGUUGAUUUACAAUGUCGUGUUCAUUUCAGGUAUCCAGCAAAGUGAUUCAGAUAUAUAGAGAGAUAUAUAUAGAAAUAUAGAUAGAUAUAGAUAUUCUUUUUCAGAGUCUUUUCCAUUAUAGGUUAUUACAAAAUAUUGAGUAUAGUUUCCCAUGCUAUACAGUAGGACCUUGUGUUUAUCUAUUUUAUAUAUAGUAGUGUGUAUAUGUUAAUCCCAAGCUCCUCAUUUAUUCCCCACGACCACCACUUUCCUCUUUGGUAACCAUAAGUUUGUUUUCUGUGUCUGUGAAUCUGUUUCUCUUUGGUAAAUAAGUUCAUUUGUAUUAUUUUUUAGAUUCCACAUAUAAGUGAUAUCAUAUGAUAUUUGUCUUUGACUUACUUACUUAAUAUGAUAAUCCCUAGGUUCAUCCAUGUUGCUGCAAAUGGCAGUAUUUCAUUAUUUUUUUAUGGCUGAGUAAUAUUCCAUUGUGUGUGUAUGUGUGUGUGUGUGUGUAUGUGUGUGUGUGUGUAUAUAUAUAUAUAUAUAUAUAUAUAUACACACACACACACACCACAUCUUAUCCAUUUAUCUGUCAGUGAACACUUAGGUUGCUUCCAUAUCUUGGCUAUUGUAAAUAGUGCUGCUGUGUACAUUAAGGUGCAUGUAUCUUUUUGAAUUAGAGUUUUUGUCUUUUCCGGAUAUAUGCGCAGGAGUGGGAUUGCUGGACCAUAUGGUAACUCUAUUUUCAGUUUCUUAAAGAACCUCCAUCAAGUUCUUCAUAGUGGCUGCACCAAGUUACAUUCCCACCAACAGUGUAGGAGGGUUUCCUUUUUACCACCCCUCUCCAGCAUUUAUUUGUAGACUUUUUUGAUGAUGGCCAUUCUGGUGUGUGGUGAAACCUCAUUGUAGUUUUGAUUUGCAUUUCUCUAAUAAUUAGCAAUACUGAGCAUCUUUUCAUGUGCCUGUUGGCCAUCUGUAUGUCUUCUUUUGAAAAAUGUCUGUUUAAGUCUUCUGCCCAUUUUUUGAUUGGGGUAUUAGUUUUCUUGAUAUUGAGCUGUAUGAGCUGUUUGUAUAUUUUAGAAAUUAAUCCCUUAUCAGUCACAUCAUUUGCAAAUAUUUUCUCCCAUUCCACAGGUUGUCUUUUCAUUUUGUUUAUGGUUUCCUUUACUGUGCAAAAGCUUUUAAGUUUAAUUAGGUCCCAUUUGUUUAUUUCUGCUUUAAUUUCCAUUACUCUAGGAGACGGUUCCAAAAAAUUAUUGCUUUGAUUUAUGUCAAAGAGUGUCCUGCCUAUGUUUUCCUCUAGGAGUUUUAUAGUAUUCAGUCUUAUAUUUAGGUCUUUAAUCCAUUUUGAGUUUAUUUUUGUAUAUGGUGUUAGAGAAUGUUCUAAUUUCAAUCUUUUAUAAGUAGCUUUCCAGUUUUCCCAGCACAACUUAUUGAAGAGACUGUCUUUUCUCCAUUGUAUAUUUUUGCCUCCUUUGUCAUAGAUUAAUUGACCGUAGGUGUGUGGGUUUAUUCCUGGACUUUCUAUCCUGUUCCAUUGAUCUAUAUGUCUGUUUUUGUGCCAGUACCAUACUGUUUUGAUUACUGUAGCUUUUAUAGUCUGAAGUUAGGGAGUGGGAUUCCUCCAGCUCUGUUCUUCUUUCUCCAGAUUGUUUUGGCUAUUUGGGGUCUUUUGUGUUUCCAUACAAAUUUUAAAAUUAUUUGUUCUAGUUCUGUGAAAAAUGCCAUUGGUAAUUUGAUAGGUUUUGCAUUGAAUCUAUAGUUUGCCUUGGAUAGUAUGGUCAUUUUAACAAUAUUGAUUCUUCCAAUCCAAGAACAUGGUAUAUCUUUCCAUCUGUUGGUGUUAUCUUCAUUUUCUUUCAUCGGUGUCUUAUAGUUUUCACAGUACAGGUCUCUUGCCUCCUUAGGUAGGUUUAUUCCUAGGUAUUUUAUUCUUUUUGAUGUGAUGGUAAAUGGGAUUACUUCCUUAAUUUCUCUUUCUGAUAUUUUGUUGGUAGUGUAUAGAAAUGCAAAAGAUUUCUGUAUAUUAAUUUUGUAUCCUGCAACUACCGAAUUCAUUGAUGAACUCUAGUAGUUUUCUGGUGGCAUCUUUAGAAUUUUCUGUGUAUAGUAUCAUGUCAUCUGUAAACAGUGACAGUUUUACUUCUUCCUUUCCAAUUUGGAUUCCUUUUAUUUCUUUUUCUUCUCUGAUUGUUGUGACUAGGACUUCCAAUACUAUGUUGAAUAAAAGUAGCAAGAGUG